CAGUGAAAGCGUCUCAUCCUCCAUCCUUAUAUAGCACCAUUUCCGUAACGUGUUUACCCAGGACCCUUGUAUCCUAACUACCCAAUUAGCAACAACCAACAUUAGAAAAUCACGAUGGUUGUUCUCGCAAUCUCUGUCUGCACCAAGAGCGGCAAAGCUCUCAUCUCGCGUCAAUUCCGUGAGAUGACAAGAGCCAGGAUUGAGGGCCUGAUUGCUUCCUUCCCAAAAUUGACUAGCAAUAUUGACACGUUGCAAUUGGUCUCCCGAGUUGUGUCCUCGAUCUGUAGACCUACUGAUGCUCGUGAGAUUGACAGAAACGCGUUCGAACUGCUCAGCUCGGAGAACGUCAAUCUGGCACAGGUCGCCAGCAUUUCCGAGAUGGAAAGUCAUGAAGAAAAGAUUCAGGAGAUGAUCGAGAAGAACAAGGAACGCGAGGCCAAGGAAGAGCUCAAGCGAAGGGCAAAGAUCCUGGAUCUUGCAGAGGAAGGAGCAGCGAAAGAACAUGGGCGGCAUGGGCGGCAUGGCAUGGGAGGCGGUUAUGGCCAAGGAAUGGGUGGUGGAUAUGGCCAGAGUCCUAUGGGCUUUGGCAGUCAAUCCGGUAAUCAGGGUUACGAAUCUCCUGUUCCUUCGGAUGAUGGCCUCUCUAGAUUCAACAACCCUGCCCCCAAGGCGGCACCAGCAACAAAAGCAAGAGGAAUGCAGCUCGGUCGCAAACAAAACAACACAGAUUUGUUUGAAUCAUUGCGUUCAGAAGUGGAAUCAGUACCUGUUAGUCAACAACAACAGCCGCAACAUGUCCCAGCUCAGUCCAAUUAUUCUGCACCCACUCAACCUGACUUUCCUAUGGAGAGCGUACAUGUUCAUAUCGAAGAGAAGAUCACAAUGGUUGCUAAUAGAGAUGGUGGUCUGGAGAACAUGGAAGUGAAAGGUGAUCUGAUGCUCCGUGUCUCAGACCCCUCUUUCACAAAGAUCAGUCUCUCUCUCAGUCAUUUGGAUGAUUCGAGCAUCCAGUUCAAGACCCACCCCAACGUUAACAAGGUCUUGUUCAAUAGCAACAAGGUUAUUGCUUUCAGAGAUUCUUCAAAAGAGUUCCCACUCAACAACUCCUACAGGAUUAAUUGUUGGCCAUCUCCUGCUGGGGAUGGCUCAUGCGAUGCUAUGGAAUUCAAGAACGUCAACAUCAUCAUUCCUAUCCCACAAGGAACAAGCCCCACAGUCGGUGAAGCGGAUGGUCAUACUUGUAGAUCCUCUUCGAAUCCAUCAGGCACAUUGGAGUUCAACUGUCAGGGCGAGGACGCAGAAAGCUUCUUCCCAGUUUCUGUUCAAUUUGAGAGCAGCGUCACUGCUGUCACGCUGGUCGCCGACGGCUCGGAAGUGGUUUUCUCCAAGCAGAGCAUUUUGACACCAAUUGAGUACAGUGUCGUCUAGAUUCUUUAGUUUCCAACUACAACAACAAUAACGACAACAAAAAAAAAGGAAAGAAAAGAAAAAAGAGUGGAUUAAUAUAUUGAAGACCAAUGGGGCUCUUGUGUGCGACAUGGCGCAUCCAUGAAGAAAGUAGUAAAUCAGAGCCAUUCAGGAAAAAAAACAUAAAGC